GGAAAACUCCAGGAACCUGAGGGAAAGAGGAAGUUCUGCUGGAAACGUCCUGUAAAGAGGCUCUGAUGUCCGGACAGCGGGAGGGAGAGCCCCGGCCUGAGGAGGAGCAGGUUCCUGUGAUAUAGGAUUGUCCGAUGACAUCAUCAGUACCAGAUAAUGGAUGGAGACGGGGACAAGAUGGCGGAGAGGAUAUUAAAUCUUACCCUAGAGAUACUCUUCCUGCUUACUGGAGAGGUGGACAUGGCUGUAGAAGUGAUGGACUCUGGAAUGUACAUGGUGACAUUUAUUAUUAUGUCUUCAAUGAACAGGAUUACUCCACGGUGAAGAAGACGUCUAGUAAUCUGAUACAUGAGAAGAAGAAUAAGAAGAUCCUAGAAGUCGUCCACAAGAUGAUGGAGCUGCUGACUGGAGAGGUUCCUAUAAGGUGUCAGGAUGUCGCUGUCUAUUUCUCCAUGGAGGAGUGGGAGUAUUUAGAAGGACACAAGGGUCUGUACAAGGAGGUCAUGAUGGAAGAGGACCAGCCCCUCACAUCUCCAGAGAGAUUCAGUCAGAGGACAACACCAGAGAGAUGUCCGUGUCCUCUCCUUCCACAGGACGGUCAGGAUGAAGAUCUGGGCAAUAUUAAUACCACAGAGACAGAUGUGAGCGGUGAUGACCAGUGUAAGGAGAACAUUCCUACAGAGACAGAUGUGAGGGGAGAUGAGGAAUACAAGGAGGAGAUUCCUACAGAGACGGAUGUGAGGGGCGAUGAGGAAUACAAGGAGGAGAUUCCUACAGAGAUAGAUGUGAGGGGUGAUGACCAGUGUAAGGAGGACAGUCCUACAUAUAAGAGCCCAGGGGAGAUGCGGAGACAGUGCAAUCAAGAACGAAACCGGCGGCAAGGACCAGGUGAUCGGAUAUCUUCAGAUUAUAAUGGAGAAGAUCCGGGUGUCGCAUUACAUACAUAUGAAGAACGUGCCAUUAUCCCAGAUGUACUCUUGGACCUUCACAGCAAAAACCUAUCCUCUAAAGUUUUAAAACAAAUCCGAUCUUCUGAUUCAUCACAGACUCUUACACAGAAAAGAAGUCACAGAAGGGAUGCGGGAGCCCAAAGAGCUCAGAAAGGGAAGAAGUCGCAUUCAUGUUCAGAAUGUGGCAAGUGUUUUAUUAAGAAAUCAAAUUUUGAGAUCCAUCAGAGAAUUCACACAGGGGAGAAGCCGUUUUCAUGCUCAGAAUGUGGGAAACAAUUUACUCACAAAUCAACUUUUGAGAACCACCAGAGACGUCACACAGGGGAGAAGUUGUAUUCAUGUUCCAAAUGUGGGAAAUGUUUUACUAAGAAAUCAUAUUUUGAGACCCAUCAGAGAAGUCACACAGAAGAUAAAACGUUUUCAUGUUCAGAAUGUAAGAGAUAUUUUACUCACAAAUCAUCUCUUGAGAGGCAUCAGAGAGUUCACACAGGGAAGAAGCUGCAUUCAUGUUCAGAAUGUGGGAAAUGUUUUACAAAAAAAUCUAAUUUUGCGACCCAUCAGAGAAUUCACACAGGGGAGAAGCCGUUUCCAUGCUCAGAAUGUGGGAAACAUUUUUCUCACAAAUCAACUCUUGAGGUCCAUCAGAGAAUUCACACAGGGGAGAAGCCGUAUUCAUGUUCAGAAUGUGGGAAAUGUUUUACCCAGAGUUCACGUCUUGUUAGACAUCAGAGAAUUCACACAGGAGAGAAGCUCCCCUGUUCAGAAUGUGGAAAAUGGUUUACUGACAAAUCAAAUCUUGAGAGACAUCAGAGAAUUCACACAGGGGAGAAACCGUAUUUAUGUUCAGAAUGUGGGAAAUGUUUUUGCCUGAAAUCAGAACUUCUUUUGCAUAGGAGAUUUCACACUGGAGAGAAGCCAUUUUCGUGUAAAGAAUGUGGGAAAUGUUUUACUCAGCAAUCAGCCCUUGUUAGACAUCAGAGAACUCACACAGGAGAGAAGCCGUAUUCAUGUUUACAAUGUGGGAAAUAUUUUACUCGGAAAUCAGUUGUUCUUAAACAUCAGAGAAUUCACACAAGGGACAACCAGUUCUACGUGGGCGUGAUCACUGGCUUGUGUUCUCCAGCACCUGAAGCCAGUGAUCACUCUCACGCUAAAGACGAGAAGCGACGGCCGGGCGCGAGCGCGAUGGAACUGAACGGCACAUGGGUAGUCUGCAAAAUGAAGGCGAAAACUCUCUUACAAGCAUUGAAUCCAGGUAUAAAGAACUUGUGCGAGGUUAAGGCUGACAUUAGGCACAUUGAUCAGAGAGUGGAGAACAUGCUGUAUGAGCUUAAACUCCAGUACCACUGGCUAUAUCCUUUCGCCCUACCUGUGACCAAAUAUGGUCAAAAAAUUGCCAUUCACAUCCUUAAUGACUUGUCGGAGACCUGGGAGAAGCUUGAAAUAUCACUUUUUGAAAUCCCAUCUUGGAUGCCUACCCAGGAAGAUCUGAAGCUGACUAUCUUACCUCGUUUUGGCUCCUGGUCAGUUCAUACUAAGGCAAAGUCUCCCAAGGCCAAGAUGUUGGCAUGGAAGCAAGUGUUGAAGCACAAACCUGAGAGCACAUGUUGUCAAGAUGGUGGCAGGUCCGGUGGAAGGAGCGUUGCCUUGUUGGUUGAAACUCAGCAGCAAGAAGAGAGGCCGGAAGAUGCAGGAGGGAAAGAGGAAGUUCUGCUGGAAACGUCCUGUAAAGAGGCUCUGAUGUCCGGACAGCGGGAGGGAGAGCCCCGGCAUGAGGAGGAGCAGGAUGAAGAUCUGAGCAAUAUUAAUGCUACAGAGACAGAUGUGAGGUGCGAUGAGGAAUACAAGGAGGAGAUUCCUACAGAGACAGAUAUGAGGGGUGAUGAGGAAUACAACGAGGAGGUUCCUACAGAGAUGUAUGAGAGGGGUGAUAACCAGUGUAAGGAGGACAUUCCUACAGAUAAGAGUCCAGGUGAUGGGAUCGUGAGCUUGGAGGGACAUCUUAUAUCUUCAGAUUAUAAUGCAGAUGAUCCGGGUGUCACAUCAGAUACAUAUGAAGAAUGUGCCAUUAUCGCAGAUGUACCCUCAGACCUUCACAGCAAAAAUAUGUCAACUGAUCUUUUAAAAGUCCAAUCUUCUGAUUCACAGACUGUUACACAGAGUGAAGGACACAGAAGUGGUGCUGGAGCCCAAAGAGCUCAGAAAGAGAGGAAGUCGCAUUCAUGUUCAGAAUGUGGCAAAUGUUUUGCUAAGAAAUCACAUCUUGAGAGCCAUCAGAGAAUUCACACAGGGGAGAAGCCAUUUUCAUGUUCAGAAUGUGGGAAAUGUUUUACUGAAAAAUCAAGUCUUGAGAGACAUCAGAAAAUUCACACAGGGGAGAAACCAUUUUCAUGUUCAGAAUGCGGGAAAUGUUUUACUCAAAAAUCAGUUCUUCUUCGACAUCAAAGCAGUCACACAGGGGAGAAGCUGUAUUCAUGUUCUGAAUGUUGGAAAUGUUUUACUCAGAAAUCAAGUCUUGAGAGACACCAGAGAAUUCACACAGGGGAGAAGCCUUACUCAUGUUCAGAAUGUGGGAAAUAUUUUACUCACAAAUCAAAUCUUGAGAGACAUACGAGAAUUCACACAGGGGAGAAGUCUUAUUCAUGUUCCGAAUGUGGGAAAUAUUUUUGCCUGAAAUCAGAACUACUUGUGCAUAGGAGGUUUCACACUGGAGAGAAGCCAUUUUUGUGUACAGAAUGUGGGAAAUGUUUUACUCAGAAAUCAUCUCUUGAGAGCCAUCAGAGAAGACACACAGGGGAGAACCCAUAUUCAUGUUUAGAAUGUGGCAAAGAUUUUAAUCACAAAUUAUUUCUUGAGGACCAUCAGAGAAGUCACACAGGGGAGCAGCUGUACAUAUGUUCAGAAUGUGGCAAAUGUUUUUCUCAGCAAUCAUCUCUGGAGAACCAUCAGAGAAAACACACAGGGGAGAAGCCAUAUUCAUGUUUAGAAUAUGACUGUACCAGGAGCUUGGAGGAACAUCUGAUAUCUACAUAUUAUAAUGCAGAUGAUCCAGGUGUCGUAUCAGAUACACAUGAAGCGUGUGUCAUUAUCCCAGAUGUACCCUCAGACUUUCACAGCAAAAAUAUAUCAUCUCAUCCUUUAAAACGAAUCCAAUCUUCUGAUUCAUCGCAGACUGUUACAGAGAAUCAAAAUUACCGAAUGGGUGCUGAAGUCCAAAGAACUGAGGAAGCAAAGAAGUUGUAUUCAUGUUCAGAAGGUGGCAAAUGUUUUAGUCAGCAAUCAAAUCUUAACAGCCAUGAGAGAACUCACACAGGGGAGAAGCCACAUUCAUGUCCAGAUUGUGGAAAAUGUUUUAGUAAGAAAUCAUAUCUAAAAAACCAUCUAAGAAUUCACACAGGGGAGAAGCCAUUUUCAUGUUCAGAAUGUGGGAGAUGUUUUACUCGAAAAUCAAUUCUUCUUCGACACCAAAGCAGUCAUACAGGGGAGAAGCUGUAUUCUUGUUCUGAAUGUUGGAAAUGUUUUACUCAGAAAUCAAGUCUUGAGAGACAUCAGAGAAUUCACACAGGGGAGAAGCAAUAUUCAUGUUCAGAAUGCGGGAAAUAUUUUACUCACAAAUCAAAUCUUGAGAGACAUAAGAGAAUUCACACAGGGGAGAAGCCGCAUUUAUGUUCUGAAUGUGGGAAAUGUUUUUGCCUGAAAUCAGAACUUCUUGUGCAUCAGAGAUUUCACACUGGAGAGAAGCCAUUUUCGUGUACAGUGUGUGGUAAAUGUUUUACUCAGCAAUCAGCUGUUGUUAAACAUCAGAGAAGUCACACAGGAGAGAAGCCAUAUUCAUGUUCAGAAUGUGGGAAAUGCCGUCGCUCCGUGGGGUCCGUUGCAGUGAAAGUUUUAGCACUAAAGAAUGAGGCCAGAGCGGAACGUAACAAAGUCCUUGUAAAGCAACACAGAACUUGA